GGCCCCGCGUGUUUCAGCUAGUGGGGGCGGUCUGGGCUGUGGAUUUGGAAGCUACGUGGGACCGUGAGGUGUCUCGGCCGGCUACGGCGCGUGGUUUUUUGGGCUUACGCCGCUGACUCUGUUGUCUCCGCCCAGUCACGGGAGAGGGAAGCGCGGGGGGAGGGUCUGUGGGGAUAGAGCUGGAGCCCCUGAAGGGGAAGGGAGCAGCCGGGGUUGGGGGGCGUGGAGCGCCUGCCUGCAGGGCUGCAGCCCAGAAUUGGGGAGCAAUCGAGAGGGGAGGUUCACCAUAGGCAAGGUCCGCACCCGCCGGGAUCGGGGCUGCUCCCGAGGAAGGCCUGGGGCAGCCGCGCGAUGUUUGGGGCCCGGUGCCUGGUCCGAGCCCUGCGCCCCUGUUCCUCCGCCCCCUGCCCGAGACACAAACCUUCAGCCAGACUGAGCGUGCGGGAUGCUCUCGGGGCCCAGAACACGAAAGGGGAGCGCGUUAAGGUCCAGGGAUGGAUUCGUUCAGUCCGAUCCCAGAAGGAAGUCUUGUUCCUGCAUAUAAAUGAUGGAUCGUCUUUGGAAAGCCUUCAGGUUGUAGCAGAUUCAAGCUUUGACAGUAGAGAACUGGCUUUUGGGAGUUCUGUGGAAGUUCAAGGGCAACUGGUAAAAAGUCCAUCCAAAAAGCAAGAUGUGGAACUGAAGGCAGAAAAAAUUGAAGUUGUUGGAAAUUGCGAUGCCAAGGCUUUCCCUUUUAAAUAUAAAGAAAGGCAUCCUCUGGAGUAUCUGAGACAAUAUCCUCACCUUCGGUGUAGAACUAAUGCUCUGGGUUCUAUACUGAGGGUUCGCAGUGAAGCCACAAAUGCUAUUCAUUCUUUCUUUAAGGACUGUGGCUUUGUGCAUAUUCAUACUCCAAUAAUCACAUCCAAUGACUGUGAGGGGGCUGGAGAACUGUUCCAAGUUGAACCUUCAAGCAAAAUUAAGGUGCCUGAGAAGAAUUUCUUCAGUGUUCCUGCUUUCUUAACUGUUUCGGGACAACUUCACCUAGAAGUGAUGUCAGGAGCUUUUACUCAAGUGUUUACCUUUGGUCCAACAUUCCGAGCAGAGAAUUCUCAGAGCCGGAGACACCUGGCAGAGUUUUACAUGGUAGAAGCAGAGAUUUCUUUUGUUGAGAGUCUUCAAGAUCUCAUGCAGGUUAUGGAGGGACUCUUCAAGACUGCAACAAUGACAGUUCUCUCAAACUGUCCUGAAGAUGUUGAACUCUGUCACAAGUUCAUAGCUCCUGGCCAAAAGGACAGAUUAGAACAUAUGCUAAAAAACAACUUUUUAAUCAUUUCUUAUACUGAAGCAAUAGAGAUCUUAAAGCAGGCAUCUCAGAACUUCACCUUCACCCCAGAGUGGGGUGUUGAUCUACAUACCGAACAUGAAAAGUACCUGGUGAAGCACUGUGGCAACAUACCAGUCUUUGUCAUUAAUUAUCCAUUAGCACUCAAGCCUUUCUACAUGAGAGAUAAUGAAGAUGGCCCUCAGCACACAGUUGCUGCUGUUGAUCUUCUGGUUCCUGGAGUUGGAGAGCUCUUUGGAGGAAGCCUCAGAGAGGAACGGUACCAUUUCUUGGAGCCGCGACUGGCCAGAUCAGGACUAACAGAAGCCUACCAAUGGUAUCUGGACCUCCGUCGAUUUGGAUCUGUUCCCCAUGGAGGUUUUGGGAUGGGAUUUGAACGCUAUCUGCAGUGCAUCUUGGGAAUUGACAACAUCAAAGAUGUUAUCCCUUUUCCAAGAUUUACUCAUUCAUGUAUAUUAUAGCCGGAAGCCUGGUUAAGGAAAAUCACCCCAUGCCAGAGGUACUGCACAUGAAUAUGCAUACAGGAGAAUGCAUGUUUGAAUUUUAGAAAUGGAGAAGUUUUCGGUAUGUGAUUGUCAUGCCAUAAGGUAGAGCAUAUGAAAAAUAGAAGUGAUCAUAAUUUUCUUAGAAAGUUGACAGCAUUUCAUGGAAAGAUGAACUCCCUCAAAAAGAGGUACUUGUGGCAGGUAGAAUCUCAAAUCUGUUAUGUCAAUUAAGAAGAAAUGAAAAGACUGAACUGUGGUCUCAGAGUCCUUUCAAACUCUCAAGACAGGAUGAGAGAGUGUAUUUUCAUUUGUCUUUAAUCAUUAGAUCACUGUCCUGUGUGGCCUUUGAAAACCACUAGUAGCUAAAAAGAAAAUGUUGGGUCUUUUUUCACAUGCCAUUUAACCUAUGUAAAUGCCUAUCUUAUUUUCAUCACUUUAGUAGACAUCACAGAAGAAAAUAUUCCUUUCAGGGUCCUAAUUGAGUUAAUAAAGUUACUAUUCUGAA